GGUCUCGUGACACUUCCGUGCGGCCCGCCAGCAUGACCGCCCCUCUGCAGCUCGCGCUUCUGCUGCUGACCCUCGGCUUCUCGCGGGGGCUGCAGCCCGGCCCCCGGGACGACUACGAGGAGUCGGCCGAGACGGAGCGCGUCUUUGCGGCUUCGAAGUACGGCUCCCUGUGGCCCCUGCCGCAGAAGGUGAAAAUCUCCGACGUUUCGUUCAAAUUAACCGGCGUCACUUUCCGAAUAACCGACGCCAAAGGCUCGAGCUCGGGGGCGAGCUGCAGCCUCCUGCAGAACGCGUACAGGAGGUAUUACGAGUACAUAUUUGGGGGCUCCAGAGUGCAGCAUGGGGCUGAAGGCAGGCGAGCGGGGCCCUCGGUGCUGACGGAGCUGCAGGUGUUGAUCGUAUCAGCUGACUCUGAAUGUGAGCGCUUCCCCGCUGUCACGUCGGACGAGUCAUAUGAGCUGACUGUGGAUCAGCCGUAUGCUGUCUUGAAAGCACCGAAGGUCUGGGGAGCCCUGCGCGGUCUGGAGACUUUCAGCCAGUUGGUGUAUGAAGAUGAAUAUGGAGCCAAAAGCAUCAAUUCAACAACAAUCAGUGACUUCCCCAGAUUUGCGCAUAGAGGCAUCCUGCUGGACACCUCUCGGCAUUUUCUGCCCAUCAAAGUCAUCUUGGCUAAUCUGGAAGCAAUGGCAAUGAACAAAUUUAAUGUUUUCCACUGGCACAUCGUGGAUGAUCAAUCCUUCCCCUACAUGAGCCGGACGUUCCCGCACAUCAGCCAGCAGGGCGCUUACCACCCGUACACGCACGUGUAUACGCCCGCUGACGUGAAGAUGGUGAUCGAGUUCGGCCGCCUGCGGGGCAUUCGCGUGGUCCCGGAGUUUGACACGCCGGGACACACCCAGUCUUGGGGUAAAGGCCAGAAAGACCUGCUCACGCCCUGUUACUCUGGAGACAAACCCUCCGGCUCCUUCGGCCCAGUGAACCCCAUCCUGAACACCACGUACGACUUCAUGAGCAAGUUCUUCAAGGAGAUCAGCGGCGUGUUCCCCGACGCCUACGUCCACCUGGGGGGCGACGAGGUCGACUUCAACUGCUGGAAGUCGAACCCGGACAUCCAGAAGUUCAUGGAGCAGCAAGGCUUCGGACAGGACUUCAGCAAACUGGAGUCAUUCUACAUCCAAAAACUGUUGGAUAUCGUUGCCACUACGCAGAAGGGCUACAUGAUCUGGCAGGAGGUCUUUGACAACGGUGUUAAGCUGAAAGCAGACAUGAUUAUCCACGUUUGGAAAGGAAACCAGGAGCAAUACCAGAGUGAGAUGGCAAAUGUUACAUCAUCGGGGUUCCAGACCCUGCUGUCCACUCCCUGGUACCUGAACCGUAUCUCCUACGGCCAGGACUGGCAGGGCCAUUACAAGGCCGACCCACAGGAUUUCAAGGGAACUGAGGCACAGAAGAAGCUUGUGAUUGGUGGAGAAGCCUGCCUGUGGGGAGAGUACGUGGACGCCACCAACCUGACACCCAGACUCUGGCCGCGUGCGAGCGCUGUGGGCGAGCGGCUGUGGAGCGCCGUGGACGUGACGGACAUCAACGACGCCUUCAGUCGGCUCUCUGUGCAUCGCUGUCGCAUGGUGGAGCGCGGGAUCCCAGCUGAGCCACUGUUUUCUAGCUACUGUCCCCGGGAGUACAAGGGUAUCUGAAGAACUGAGGGGCCAAUGGAACAGAAGGGGAAUUAAAUUCAUGUAGAAUCAACUGAGAUCAAAAUGCCAAUGUCCCUGUACUCAUGCUAUUCAAGAGACAACGGCAUUUUUAAAUGCGCUACAAAACUCUACACAUCUAAUUUCAUACACCUUUUGAAUUAAUGAAUGCAAGCUUUGUUUUUUAUGAAUCUUUGAAUAAAAUGAUCAAACAUUGUUUUGAUGUUCAAACUU